UGGAAGCCCGUGUUGGAAAAUGUAGAGAGUUUUGCAUCGCUCAUCGAGGCCAUAGGAGACCUCCAUCCCUACGCCAAGAUAGCAUCCAGGGUUCUCCUUUCGGUCGUGAAGGUACGGUACAAACGUGACAACGCCAUGGCCGAUCUUCUCGAGGCGAUGUACGAGCUCUAUGGCCUCGUGAACAAGACCGGCCGCCUGUCCGACCUGGACGAAUAUCGCAAGAAGCUGCUCAAGGAUAUGUCCUCGAAAACAGAGGAAUGCGCCAAGUUCAUCCAGGACGAGGCUCGAUUUACCAAUUUCUGGAUUCGAACGGGAAGCAAUGUGAUAACGGGUUCACGUGUGGACGAGAAAGUACGCGAGUUCACCGAGGCUUUCGUGGACCUCCGCCGGUCUUUCACCGAAGUAGGAGUGCUCGAGACUGAGAUCCGGGUGGCGAACCUUGCAGAUUCUAGCAAAAUCGACAAUCUGACCCACGUCCGGGGCGCAGGGCUGGAUUCAGGCAGAGCUUGUCUCGAGGGCACGCGCGUGAAGACGUUGGGCGCGCUCCGAGAUUGGAUCAACAACCCCAAUCCCGAUGCCCCCCGAGUUCUCUUCCUCCUCGGCGGUGCUGGGACCGGCAAAUCUUCCAUCGCCCAUUCCAUUGGCGUGCACUUGGAGGCUCGUCGUCGCCUAGGCGCGUUCUUCUCCUUCAAUCGCACGUUCCAGGCGGAGCGUCCGCCGAAAUACGUGUUCAGCACGAUUGCGCACGACCUGGCGAACUGGGACCCCACCUUCCGACAUGCGCUCGCGGACGUCCUCCAUGAUCAUGGCGCUCUUGUAGGAUCAGUUGACAUCACGAAGCAGUGGAAGAGGCUUAUAGCCGAGCCACUCAAGAAGGUUGGAUUGGUUGGGCCGGUGGUGGUCGUCAUCGACGCGUUCGAUGAAAGUAGCUCUGCUAGCACUCCCGAACGCCGUCUGCUGCUGAAGCUUCUCACCGAGGGUUCUAGCGAGCUUCCUUCCAACUUCCGAAUCCUCAUCACAUCCCGUCCUGAGCACGAUGUCAUGCGUGUCGUGGGCCGCUCUGAGGACGGUCAUCGGCACAUCAACCAUAUCAGCCUCGACGACAGCAAGGAAGAAGCGACAUCGGACAUCGAGCGAUACCUCCAUCACGAGCUCGCUUCAGAUGAUACACUAUCUGAGGAAGCACUGGACGAUGCGGACUUCCGGCUGCUGGUCACUAAGGCGGAAGGUCUGUUCCAGUGGGCUGCAACGGCCUGCAGGGUUGUUCUUGGAAGCCCGGCUGGUCUGACAUUGCAGGAACGACUCAACUUGCGUCUGGGCGCUGUAUUGGGCGGAGGUGCUUUCUCCCUCGACGACCUAUACCGAAGUAUCCUGGAGCAGCAUUUCCAGUUGGACGAGCCAGUUCUAUCAGAGCGUUUCCGUUCUGUCAUGGCACAGAUCCUUUGCGCUUCCUCUCCGCUAUCGAUGGAUUCGCUGGAUGAACUGCGUCGUCUCGCGACCGGCGGGAAGAGAGACGAGGUUACCCUUGUCGUGCAGUACAUGGGUCCGCUACUCUCCGGGGUAUCCUCCCGUACAUCGCCUAUCCGUCCUCUUCACACAUCGUUCCGCGACUUCCUCACUGACAAGGCUAGAAGCCGGGAGUGGUUCGUCGACUUGUCGGCGGGACAUUCCACCAUGGCGCUCUGUUGCUUCCGUAUCAUGAACGAAAGACUGUCGUUCAACAUCUGCCACUUGGACACGUCCUACGUCCUCAACCGUGAAAUUCCCGAUCUGGAAUCACGGCUAAUUACCUUCGUUUCACAAAGCCUGUCGUACGCGUCAUGCAGCUGGAAGGAUCACCUCGCUGCCACGCAUCCCCCCGAUCUGCAGCAAGACGUAAUCAGGUUUCUGCGAGAGAAGCUCCUCUUCUGGUUCGAAUUGCUGAGCCUCCUCAAGUGCGUCAAUCGCGCCGCCCCUUCACUGGAAGCACUCAAGGGCUAUGAAAACACCGCAAGCGACUCAUUAAGGGAGCUAUUGCGCGAUGCGAUAUCCUUCAUUCGCCGGUUCGCUGGUGUAAUAGCCCAAGCCGCUCCUCACGUCUACAUCUCAGCUCUGCCUUUCUCUCCGACGUUGUCCAAGGUCCGGACCAAUUAUCUCCCACAUUUCCCCUCUCUUCCGCAUGUCGACGGCAUUCGUGACCGUUGGCCACAGGACCAGGCUGUCCUCUCGAGGCACACAAAUAUCGUUGGUUCCGUGGCAUACUCCCUCGACGGUCGGUACAUCGUGUCAGGAUCGGCUGAUGGGACAGUGCGAGUAUGGGAUGCCGAGACGGGCGAAGUAAUCCAUGAGCUGUCUUGCGACGACUGGGUCUGCGGGGUUGCUUUCUCACCCGAUGGCCGUCACAUUGCCGCAGCGCUCAAUGAUUGGACAGUGCGGAUAUGGGAUUCGACGACAGGGGAGGCUGUCUGUGAACCUCUGCAGGGCCAUCAGUGGGGCGUGUUGUGUGUUGCAUACUCUCCAGACGGACGGCGCAUUGUAUCUGGCGAUGGCUUCGGUCAUAUCUGCAUUCGCUCGGUGGACACACUCGGGAUCAUCAAUCAGCUAUUCUGUGGCGAUUCGGGCGUUGCCUGCAUCGCCUUCUCUCCGAGUAGUGGACAUAUCGCGUCGGGUUUAGACGAUCGGACGGUGCGGGUUUGGGACGCCGUAGAAGGAAAGGCUGUGGGGAAGCCCUUCAAAGGCCAUACAAGCAGGGUGAAUUCUGUGCUUUUCUCGCUGGACGGCCUUCAGAUUGUCUCCGGAUCAUCAGACUCGACGAUCCGGAUAUGGGACUUCGGGACCCAACAGACCAUCAGGACAAUAUCCCACCCCCUUCUGGAUGGCGUAUUGUCUCUCUCACUCUCUCCUGACGGCAAGCGCAUUGUCUCUGGCUGUGGGAAUGGUGGCAUCCUCAUAUGGGACUUGGAGACAUACGGGAUUGGCGGGGGGCCACUUGUUGGGCACAGCAGCACAGUAUGUGCUGUCAGCUUUUCACCUGACGGUCGCCACAUCGUAUCCGGCUCAUCCGAUGCGACAAUACGGAUAUGGUCUGCAGAGGAGGGCGCAAGUGUGGAGAGCACUCGCGAUGCCUCUUUCAGUUAUCCGUCAAAAUACAAGCCCGCCCGAAUAUUGGAUUUGCGCUUUGGGCCCUUACUCGCGUACUCGCCAGACGGACGCCGUAUCGUCUCGGGGUCUGAUGACGGCGUGAUCGAGAUGUGGGAUGCGGACACUGGCAACUCCAUCGGCGUGGCUCUGAAGGGUCAAAGUUCCAAGGACAUAGUUUGCGUCAGGUUCUCUCCGGAUGGCCGUCGCUUGAUUGUCGUCUCGGCAAGUAAGACCCCUCGUGUAUGGGACUCGACUACACUCCAACCGCUCGGAAAACGUUUACGUGGCCACAGGGACUGGGUACGGGACGCUCAUUACUCCCCAGAUGGCCGCCGGAUUGUCUCAUGUUCGGGGGACCGCACUAUUCGCAUAUGGGAUGCUGAGACAUACGAGUGUCUCGUCGGGCCUUUGUGCGGGCAUGAGAAUAAGGUCGACUCCGUCGCUUGGUCACCGGAUGGUACGCGCAUCGCAUCCGGCUCGUGGGAUGGGACGGUGCGCGUGUGGGAUGCUGAGACGGGGCAGGCUGUUGGUGAGCCAUUCAGGGGCCGCGAAGGCUGGAUCCGGUGUGUGUCAUGGUCCAUGGACGGCCGGUAUUUAAUGUCAUCCACCGACGGGGGCACAAUCCGAUUCUGGGAU